UCUCCAUUCGGAGUCCAUCAGCAUGGCCAUGGCGAAGUCCGAUGCGUCGCGCUUGCGGAAGCCACUUCCGUGGCUCAAGAAUCUGCAAGCUUCUCUGAGCAACGAGGAAUCAUCAGACUCGUCACAGCCGACAGAGGUGACACCCAAGAAGGUGGGGAAAACGUCAGUGAAGGCAGAUGAGAAGGAGGUCAGGAGACGCAGCAAGAAAAAGCGACUGCGUCGGCACGAGGGCAACAGCAGCGAUGACGCUUCGUCUGGAGGGGAUGACGACGCAAAGAAAAGGAAGCGCAGGUUGCUGAAAAAAGGCGUGAAGGCUCGACAUAAACGAUCUAUUGAGGAGUCAAAGAAGGCGAAGUGGCCUGUGGGAUCACCAAGAUCGAAGGCAGCAGCACUGAGGGGGCAGCGGAAGCAAAAGCUUCACGCCAUGCGGAUGACCUCUGGAGAACAUGACAGAAUGGCGGCUUUUAAACUUAAACGACUGGAGUCCGCUGAGACGCUCAGAGACAAGGACAGGAAUCAUAUGCAGCCGGUCCGAGCAGCGCGUGGUGCACAAAAGACUGCUGGUGCGGAAGCUGAUGUGGAGGAUGAAGGGGAGCCUCGACGACGUUCACGAGUGCGACCGACAGCUGACAAGGAUACUACAGACAACGUUUCAAAGAGCAAACUACGCAGAGCUAGCAUUUCGAAACAAGACAAGCCCAAGCAGAUAGAACCCACUAGUCUCGCUGUGGAGAAAAUUUCAGCCUUGGUGAAAGAUGGUGCAGGCGAUAAAAAUGAAGUGAAUUCCCGCGCCUUGGCAAAGAGUAAACCUUCUGAUCUAGGGAAGCGCGACGACGACAAAACAAAAGAUUUGGCAGACGCCGUUAUCGCAAAGACGCUCGAAGUCAAAGACGGAGAUUCUGCUGCGGACAUGCGAAGUACGACUACCGAAAUCGCCAUGCAGGAAGGUAGCACUGGGGCCAUGAAAGCGGAAUUUUCUGAACUAGAAGCGAUUAAAGGCGCCAUGAAGGUGGAGCCUGAAGCCUCUGGGGAUGCUAAACGUGAACAAUUAUCCCACGAAAAGCCUGAAAGUGUAGACGCAGACUCAACUAAGAUGGUUCCUUUUUCGACUUCCAAUGAAACAUCGGUUGAACCUUCGGGACCUGGAUCCAAACCGAUGGAAACCGAUCCACUCAUUGACUCUGAAGGCACAGCUGAGCUGGUGAGAGAUAAAGUUAAAGAAGAGGGGCAAACAAAAACACCCGCGAUUUCUGCAUCGACAGUGAAAAUGGAAAAUGAGACGAAGCCUGACGACAAAAAGCUAGUGCUUGAUGAGGUACCCAUUCCUAGGAAGGCGCCCAAACAAGACUCAGCUGCACCUCCUAGCCCGGGGUCAUUCAUAAUCCCCAAACGGAAAAUUGUGAAAACUGUCGUCGCUGGGCGUAAUACCAAUACUCAGGUGGAGCCAGCUGGUACCAUAGAGGCCACAACAUGUGAUGUUAAGCGCUCGUUAGAAGCGCCUAUGCCCGUUACUGUGUUGCCAUUGGCGUCUCCUCAAUCGAGCCCAAACGUGCCAAAUGAUGAACCUACUCGUCCGCAGCGAAAGCGAACAAAAAAUCCAGUGCCAGUGAAAAGGUCGUCGUUUUCAACACAAGAUCGAGCUCUAAUGCGCCUGUCCAGGAAGCGAAAUUCCAUCUUUAUGGCAGGGACAGAACUGGCAGCUCAAGCUCCUGGCAAUACGAGCAGCAAGACAGGGCCAGUGUCACGGAUGAUGGGGUAUGAAGUGUAUGAUGUCGAUGGGAAAAUGCUACCUGAUUUUAUUCCUCGUUUAAGCUGCGCUACGAAACGUGAAAUGGCGUCGGACCGGGAAUCAUACGUGGCCUCGUUUUUUGGAGUAUCGCGUACGGCUCCGAAAGCGAAAACAGAUCCAAGUGCUGUCAACGAGGAAUGUGACGAUACCGAUCUUGAUUCUCGAAAGAUGAACUGUUACGAAGAGUUGUGCUUUGAGCGGCCUGAGGACAGAGAGUUUUACCAGCGGAAACUGUACGGCACAACGUUUGUGCCGCAGAAUUUGCGCGGCUGGAUGACGCUUAUUGUCCGAAAUGCGCGUUUUGAGCGUAAGUCCACGGGGAUCCGCUUCAAUCAGGAUCGAGAUCGGGAAGAGUUCGCAGCUACACUGAGCCGGCGAUAUACAUUUAAGAAGUCGAUGCCACGGUGUGAUAUCCCUCGUGAGAACUGGCAGAAGCUAAUGAGCAAUAAGCCAGCCACCGUGUACCUGCACUAUUACAACCGCGAGGACGCUGAGCGGGCAGCACAAGUCUUUCGUGACGACCAUGGACAACCUCUACAGAUUCGAUGGGAGUUAAAAGCUGGUGCGAGAAUCAAAAGAUGCUCUUCUCCGGCCAUCCGGCCGAGGCCCCAACUUUCUCCACGUCGCUCUUGCUCCAGUGAGCGGAGUGCGCCUGAUUCAUCCCCUCUUUCUUCGCAUAAUGGCAGCGCGCGUAACACUCCGGUGUGGCGACGUGAGCGUGACACGACUUCGAGAAGAGAUGAUCGGUAUUCAAGAUACGACCGUGGCGCAUCGCCUGCACAACGGUCAAGGGAAGAGAGUCGAGAGAGGCGAUAUGGCCCGUCCUUGAGCGGAAACAAGCGGUCGCAUGGCUUGUUAGAGCGUAGAUCUCGAUCUCGCUCAAGAUCUAAGUCAUUCCACAAUCAACACUAUGAAUCCUCUGGUCAAGUGAACAGAGCUGGGUCAAGGGCUAGUGGAUCAAGUAACCAGCACCCACGUAUGACAGACAAUCACGCAAGAAUCGAUGGUGGAAAUGAAAGCGCUAGUAGUGCUGUUCACAGCGAUGUGGGCACGCCAGCGCAGAAGCGAACACGAUUGUUACCUCGUCGAUUUCCACCCAGUAGUCAUGACAGGAGUGCAGGCAGAGGUAAGAACCAGGGUGACCUGGGAGGCAAGGAAGUCAAGAGCAGCUCAGUGGCAGCGUCGAAUAAUUCUGUGGGAAAUUUGGAUGGAGGUGACAACAACCGAGGAAUGCCGCGUGCUCGAUCUCCACCCAGACGGUGGCGGGAGGAACCGAACAAUCCAACGCCACGAGAAAGACGGAAUACCUUCACGGUUGAUUCACGAGAUCGCUCAAAGGGCCCGCCUGCUGGACAACACCGUUCUAAUCAGCAGCCACACAAUCGUGAUCCAGUUCAGGGACGACCUCGAUCAUGUUCGCGCCCCAAGACUUCUUUGCCUGCGCGUGAUGGACAUGGCGGUGACCGUGAUGGUCGGAAUAAGGAGCGAGUCGGCUCUCGAGAGUUUGGGCGAGGCGGUGGCUUUAAUCGCAAUGCUCGUGAAAGGCGUAUGCAUUCCGAUGGAGGACGCGAAGGACACAAUGAUCGCAGCGGAGGCGUGAACUCACGAGCACCCUAGAAAGCUGUUUAUUACGAAAGCAUGUGCACUUGUACUUCAUUCAAGCAUCACGUUCUCUCUCCUACCCUUCGCUUAUCUCCGCAUCUAGCUCCUGACCUUUACGAAAGAGGAACUCUGCCAGGUAAUCAAUUGGGUCUGUGGGUUGCACCUUGACGACUUCCAGCAUCCCUUCGGUCAGCGCAGGCAACACUGUGUCCAUGAGGUACGUUCUUAGUGGUUUAGCGCGUGUUUCAAGCAGCUCAGCCUCUUCACGUUGCAGGAGUUCAAGUCGUGCACGUUCCCGAGCGAUUUUUGCCUGCUGGACGGCCUCAUCUUGGGCAUCCUGCUCACGUGUGCGUUGCGCAGCACGAAGUUCAGCUUCACGAGCUUGUUUCUCCGCAGCACGGAGCUGUUCGCGCACUUCUGCCCCCGUGGGAUGAAAAUUCCGUGGUGCUCGACCACCUUGCUCCAUGUAGCGCUGGAUGGGAACAACAAAGGCCUCAUCCUCGCGGUAUCCGUGCUCGUCCCGCAGAGUCAGCUCCAGAACUUCCACG